AUGGAGCUAGGAGGCCUUAAAAAAGAGGGGGGAGCCGCAGGAACAAAGAGGAAGAACAAGCACAUAAGAAGAUUCUGGGCUAUAGUGACUUCUAUCAUCAUAAAUAAAGUGAGGAAUCUCUCUAUGGCAAGGCUUCGCUCAAAGACUCCAAGGAUGCAUUCAACAUCCAAUACAAUCAACUCGGCGUGCAAGAGAAGUCAAGGUGGGUCCACAAAUCAUGCCAAUAACAAAUGGAGCUGUCGUGGGUUACCACGGGAGAGCUGGAUGGAGGUAAUAAGUAGCAAGAGGACUUUACAGGACAAACACCUCCAACGAAUCUCAAUGUUGGCAAAUGGAGGAUCGCUAUUUGGGGUUAGCCAUGAGGCUCUGAUACCUUGGAAGAUUUGGUAA